AUGGCUACCAACACGAGUAUUAUGCAGCGGCUUCAGAGGGCUUGGAAGCAAUUAGACUCGUUAUUUCUGAGACUGACAGGCGCACAAAAUCAAUUUUUGCCGGCUCUGGUUGGGAGUUCUGUUAAUCCAGUGGAGACUGACAUAUUACCACCAGAUAGUUCAUCAUGCCUCAGAGAAUUACUUAAUGGAAGUGGAAUAAUGUGGAGUUCUCAUCAAACUCAGAGGUCUCGCAGGUCAAGAGAAAGAAGACAAACUCGUCGAUUUGGAUUCACAUAUUUAAAUAAGCGGCAAAAUAUCCAAACAGAUAUAGUAUCUUGUUUACAUUGUGGGGGUUUCCACAAAAGAAACACAAUAUGUGGUACUUGCUACGACAUGGUACGAAAGGAGACCCAAGAAAUGAUGAAAAAAAUCGGCGACCAUCUUGAGUAUGAUUCACCACAUUCAGAAUUGGCGGUAAUAUAUGAAGGGGAAGAAGAAGAACGGGAAAAAUUACAUGAUAAAUUUAUUGUACAAAUGGACAAACCUAGACCAAAAUGGUUUUCAGAUUUCAUCGAUGCUAAAAACAAAAGGAGUUGGUCAGAUUCAUGACAUGAGUUUAUUAUCAAUGGAAUGACUUAACAGGAUUUGUGUUGUAAUGAUGAUAUAAAGAAAACUGAAUGAACAACUAAUAAAUGCAACAAAUGCUGAAGGAUUAUUGUGAUGGAACAUCAGAUCUUUCUGUCUGAACUGCUAUUCUGGAUGGCUAAAUGACACUUUUUCUAUGAUCAACCUAAAAGCAGUAUACUAGAUGGAUGUGACAGUCAGGAAUACAAUAUGCAUGUAUGCAUGCCAUCAAUUUAUAUUGUACAGGUAGUUCUGGACGUAACUUGUCAGUAAUUAGCCUUAUCAUAAAAAUAACAAGUUGGUGUCAUUAUUUGUAAAAAUAUGGAUGAUAACUCUGCACAAAAUUGUACAGCAUUAUUUUUCAUAAAUGGAAAAUAAAAUCUUGACAUUUUCACUAAAA